AUGCUGCCGUGGAAGAAGCACAAGUUUGAGCUGCUGGCAGAGGCGCCUCCUCGGCAGGCGGCCAAGCCCAAGGGCUAUGCCGUGAGCCUGCACUAGUCUGUGCUCAGCUCACUGGCGCGGGCUUGCCCCGAAGGCGCGCUCAGCCGGGUGGGCAGCAUGUUCCGCUCCAAGAGCAAGAAACUGCACAUCACCAGUGAGGACCCCACCUAUACGGUCCUCCACCCGGGCAAUGCCACCACUAUCCAGGCAUGUGGCGACGGCUGCACUGAUUUAGCAGUGGGCAAAAUCUGGAGCAAGAGCGAAGCGGGCCGUCAGGGCACCAAGAUGAAGCUGAUGGUGAGCGCUCAGGGGAUCUGCAUGGUCCACGCCGAGGAGCGCGCGCUGCGCCGCCCAGGCCAUCUCUACCUGCUGCACCGCGUCACCUACUCCGUGGCGGACGCAUGGCUGCCCAAGGUCUUCGCCUGGGUUUACCAGCAUGAACUGAAACACAAGGCGGUAAUGCUGCGCUGCCACGCUGUGCUUGUGUCCAAGCCAGAGAAGGCACAAGCCAUGGCCCUGCUGCUGUACCAGACGUCGGCCAACGCGCUGGCCGAGUUUAAACGCCUCAAGCGGCGGGACGACGCGCGUCACCAGCAGCAGGAGCUGGUGGGCGCACACACCAUCCCUCUAGUACCGCUGCGCAAGCUGCUUCUGCACGGACCUUGCUGCUACAAGCCGCCAGUGGAGCGAAGCCGCAGCGCGCCCAAGCUCGGCUCCAUCACCGAGGACCUACUGGGCGAGCAGCAGGAGCAGGAGCUGCAGGAGGAAGAAGAGGAGCACCCCGAUGUCUGCCCAGAGAGGGAGGAGGAGGAGGAGGAGGAGGAGGACGACGACGACGACGACAGAGCUGUGGAAGGGCUCAACGCAGAGGAGGAAGCUGAGACACAGGGGGCACUGGUUGUGGCCAUGCAUUUCGAAUGCGGGGACUUGCUGGACACGCUGGAGAGCGGCCGCGAGGAGGCGCUGCGGGGUGAUGGGGUCUCGUUGGGCCCCGGGGCUGGGUCGUCGUCGCUGCUGCUGGGUAGCGCCGCUGACAUGAAGGCCGAGUUGUCGCAACUCAUUAGCGACCUGGGCGAGCUCAGCUUCGGCAACGACGUGCGCAGCCUGCAGGCGGACCUGCGUGUGACGCGCUUGCUGUCGGGCGAGAGCACCGGCAGCGAGAGCUCCAUCGAGGGGGGGGGCCCGGACGCUACCUCCGCUGCUCCUGGGGACCCGUCGGGGACAGCCGAUGGCGCCCAUCCUGACGAGCCCCACUCAGACUGA